ACGGUCCUUGGGAUAUUCAACGAAACCUGCUGACACUUAGUGAAAUGAAUACCGAGAAACAUCUUCACAUGGCCACUCCAGUGAGGGAGAGCCUUGCCCUGACCAAACUGGCCGGGACGUCUAUUUACCUCAAGCUGGAAUCAUCGCAACCAACAGGAUCCUUUAAGAUCAGGGGCCUCGGUCAUCUGUGCAAAACGCUGGCAGAGCGAGGAUAUGAGCGAUUUGUCUGCUGCUCAGGAGGAAAUGCCGGGAUGGCAGCAGCUUAUUCUGCCCGCAAGCUCGGGGUACCUGCAACUAUCAUAGUUCCAAGUGUCACACCAAGCAUAACAGUGGAGAAAAUGCAGGACGAGGGGGCCACUGUGAUCAUCCACGGCAAGAAUGUAGACGAAGGCAUUGCAUACGGACAGCAGCUUGUAGCAAACAACCCCGGCUGGGUAUACAUCCCUCCCUUUGAUGAUCCCCUCAUCUGGGAAGGCCACACAUCUCUGGUGAAGGAGCUCUGGCAUGACCUGAAGGAGAAACCAGGAGCGAUAGUGCUGUCAGUGGGAGGCGGAGGUCUGCUGAACGGAGUGGUGGAGGGACUGCGCCGCGCCAACUGGGCUGACGUCCCCGUUGUAGCCAUGGAAACCAUAGGAGCGCAUAGCCUCCAUGCAGCCAUGCAGGCUGGAGAGCACGUCACUUUACCGGCAAUUACGAGUGUUGCAACCACACUGGGCGUGGCCAAGAUCUCCGCACAGACAAUGAAACUGUCACAGGAACACGUGAUUUUGUCACAAGUAGUCACGGACCAGGAUGCCGUGAAAGCAGUUGAACGCUUUGUCGAUGAUGAGAAGAUCCUGGUGGAGCCCGCCUGCGGUGCCGCUCUGGCAGCUGUGUACAGCGGCAUUAUCAAAAAGCUGAGGGAUGAAGGCAGGCUGGCACAGGACCUGGGCCCUGUGGUCAUUGUGGUGUGCGGCGGUAACAACAUCAGCUUAGAGCAGCUGAGCAAGCUGAAAAAGCAGCUUGGCAUUAUUUAACAUUACCUUGGGUCUUCCUGACCGUUCCUCUUUUUUUCCUCCACUUGGUCACAACCCUUAAGCUUUAUUAUAGUAUUAUUAUAUAAGUAUUAAUAUCUGUAGACGGAAACGCUUGCGAACGCUGAGACAAAGCACUGAAUGAAGACGGGAUAUGCAUUUAAUCGUGUGACUGUUUUUGUCCAGCGAGGUUUCUAUAUGAAAAAUAAAAGUGUGACACAUAUUUCGGCCUCAUCUGCAUUUGUAUGUAGUAUGAUUCCUUUAUAAAGCCUUCUGUAUCAAUAUAUCUAUAUUAUAUUCA